GGGUCGCUGACGAUGCCGAGCGGAGCGGAGCGGGGCGACUCUACGUUUCUGUGUGCGGCUACAACCGCAGUUGCCAAGACUGAAGUCGAAUGAGAAGGGAGAGGAGCUUGAAAUACGAUGAUGGAUGGUCCGAGCUGUUUCUCAUCGCCCGGACAGCUUUAACAUCAGGGAAACGCGUGGAUUUAUCAAAGGGUCAACGUUUUGUGCUUCACUUUUUUGGCAUUCAGUCUGCGGCAGAAUGAUCGAGGAAGGCAGUAAACGAGGCAAGGCCAUGGUGGAGAAGAGACAGCUCUUCAUGGAAAUGAGAGCUCAAAACUUUGAUGUCAUCAGACUAUCAACAUAUAGGACUGCCUGCAAACUUCGGUUUGUGCAGAAGAGAUGCAACCUUCAUCUGGUGGAUGUCUGGAACAUGAUCGAAGCCUUUCGUGACAACGGGCUCAACACAUUGGACCACAACGCUGAGAUCAAUGUAUCACGGCUGGAGACUAUUCUGUCUUCCAUCUACUACCAGCUCAACAAGCGGCUGCCCACCACCCACCAGAUCAAUGUGGAGCAGUCCAUUGGGCUCCUGCUCAACUUCAUGGUGGCCACAUAUGACAGUGAAAGCCACGGGAAGCUGACAGUUUUCUCAAUGAAAGCCAUGCUGGCAACAAUGUGUGGAGGAAAGAUUGUGGACAAACUACGCUAUAUUUUCUCACAGAUCUCCGACUCAAGUGGCGUCAUGGUGUUUGCAAAGUUUGAUCAGUUCCUUCGGGAGGUCCUGAAGCUCCCCACAGCCGUGUUCGAGGGCCCAUCAUUCGGCUACACGGAGCACUCUGUGCGGACGUGCUUCCCUCAGCAGAAGAAGAUCAUGCUGAACACAUUUUUGGAUGUGUUGAUGGCAGAUCCUCCCCCGCAGUGUCUUGUGUGGCUGCCGCUCAUGCACCGACUUGCUAAUGUUGAAAAUGUCUUCCAUCCGGUGGAAUGUUCUUAUUGCCGGAGCGAGAGCAUGAUGGGUUUCCGGUACCGGUGCCAACAGUGCCAUGGCUACCAGCUCUGUCAAAGCUGCUUCUGGCGUGGCCAUGCUAAUGGUCCCCAUAGCAACCAGCACCAGAUGAAGGAGCACUCAUCUUGGAAGUCUCCAGCUAAAAAGCUGAGCCACGCCAUCAGUAAAUCUCUAGGCUGUGUCCCCAUCGGAGAGCCGCCGCAUCCCGUGUUCCCCGAGCAGGCCGAGAGACCGCAGGAGCUCACCCAUACUGUUCAGCCAAAACCAGUGGCCAACAACAUGAACGACACAAUGCUCAUGUCCUCUGGGGCACCUACUCCCACUAAAAGUGUCUUGGAGAGUCCCAGCCGGCUAGAUGAAGAGCACCGCCUCAUCGCUCGAUACGCUGCCCGCCUGGCAGCUGAGGCGGGCAAUUCCACACAACAAUGUCCUCCAACAGAUCUCAGUUUCAACUUCGACGCCAAUAAGCAACAGAGGCAGCUGAUUGCAGAGCUGGAGAACAAAAACAGAGAGAUCCUUCAAGAGAUCCAGAGGCUGCGUUUGGAGCACGAACAGGCCUCUCAGCCAACACCAGAAAAAGCCCAGCAGAAUCCCACACUCCUGACUGAACUGCGUCUCCUCAGGCACAGGAAGGAUGAGCUGGAGAGGCGCAUGUCAGCCUUGCAAGAGAGCAGACGGGAGCUGAUGGUGCAGCUGGAGGGUCUCAUGAGGCUGCUAAAGGAUGAGGAGCAGAAGCAGGCUUCACAGUCUGGAGGUUCCCCUCAUUCUUCUCCCAGCCACGGUGCGGGCUGUUCAAUGCCUAUGCCCAUACGCUCCACCUCGGCUGGGUCCACCCCAACUCACACACCACAGGACUGCCUGGCAGGUGUGGGAGGGGACGUGCUGGAGGCCUUUGCUCAGGGUGUACCUAGGAAUCUUCGGAAUGAUCUUUUAGUUGCUGCUGAUUCAAUCACAAACACCAUGUCGUCACUGGUGAAAGAGCUUCACUCAGUGGACGAUGGGGCAGACGAUGAAGAGACCAACAUGAGGAACGGUGGAGACAGAGCUGAAGCAGAGUGAAGACCAAAAGCACAGUGAGAUUACAGAAGCACUGAGGGAAAGAGAAUACCAUCCCAUCCUGUAAGGACAUACAGUCAUCAACUGGGAAGAAUCAGCAACAACAAGAACCCCCCUGGCAUUAGCACGUAGAGUAAUGCAUGCUGUAAUCUAACAGGAUUUCACUAUGUGAAAAAAAAAAAAUUUCUUCACACCUUGCUGGUAGCAAGAUGUGUAUAAUUAGCAAGUAUGUAUGUUGUCCUGUAAACAAAAACUGCUGUAAUUACCCAAUGAUUUCCCUAAUGACUGCUAAGGAAUGGCUUGCUGUGCUUUCUCUCCCAAUGAUCUCCACUACAGCAGAUCAUUCUGUAUAUAAGAUUCUGUACACACAUGACUUUGGGAAUGCCCCGACAUGAAGGCGACCUGCUGUCACCACGUUCCCUGUCAUUGCUUUUUGUAUGAUUAGCGCUAGCAUUUCUUCUUUCUUUUCUUUUUUUUCCCCGUUUUGAUAUUUUUGCAUGACGUUGCACUCGUGUCUUGAUAAAGGUACUGUACCACACUAUGCCAGCUCUUUUUGGGUUUAUGAAGACAGCUGGAGUGUCAGAAGUGUCCUGCCUCAGAAUUCAUGCUGAGUGUGUUUACCUGCACAUCUGUAUUCUGGAACUGUGGUCUCUAAUAGCAAAGACAUUGUGCUCUGGUCUCAGCCCAAGGAAAAGUUUUGUGUUAGGGAACAUUUCAUUUUCUUGCCAAGUGUUUUAUGAAAAGAUCAAGUUGGGACAUAGUUAGAUUAACCUAGCAUAAAGCAACAUAGCUGGUCUGUCAGUAGACAUAAAGGCCUGGCAAUCAAAGGUCACAAAAACUGGCCAAGAAAUAAUCCAGCACAAAAUCUUGCAGGGAAAUUACUAAUUUAGCUCUAUCUACGAAAAAAAAAACCAAACAAUAUAAAAUCUGCAUGUUGUUUCGUACCCAGUUUAUUGUUUUCUUAAUUUAUUCUCUGGGGGGAAAAAAAGGCAAGUGUAACCAGGUUGGCUGCAAAGCUAAGCUAACUGUUUUAGGCCUUGAUUACACAGACCAGUUGGUGAACCCCUGGUUGCUGGCUGUCGCCAGGUGAAACUGGUCACAAAGAGGGUGGUGCACCAGAAACCUUCUUGGAAUUGCUUUGGCUGCUAGCAGAUUCCUGCGGUCGCCCGUAGUGUGCAUUUAAGACGCUGACUUAUCUGCAGACGCUUACUAACUAACCACCAAGCAAUAGUGAAACUGUGAAAGGUGCCAAACCUUUUGAAAUGUGUUGGUUGCAGCCGGUAAGGCACAACUUUUACUUUGAAGGCGAACAUUCUUUUUCUGGUUUGUGUCACACGUUUUGCAGUUUUACUACCACUUGGUAAAUAGUUUGCAGACAAGUCUUCCAAACAAACUGCUUGGUGACCAUUGCAAUCCGCUAGCGAUCAAAGACAUCGCAAGGAGGUGCCUCUUUGCAAUCACAAUAGCAACUGCCAGCAACCACUUGCAGUCAGUUUAGGAAUGCACAUUUUUCCAUGGCGACUGGUGUUUGCCAGAUGGUCACCGACAGGUCUCUAGGCUUGACUGAAGCCUUAAGGCUGUUGUCCUACAUUUACCUUCCAGACCAGAGUUCACACCUGACAGUGGUUUUGAUCUUCCUUGUGGCAAGAAAGCAAAUAGGUGCAGUUCCCGAAAGGUUGAAAUUUUCCUUUUAAUCAUUAAAGAAAAAAAAAAUUCAGAUUACAUACUAAUGAAGAAAUUCAUAGUUGAGGACAAUGCCGAGUGAACCAGGAAUAGCACGAAAUUAUUACUUCCGUUGUAUCCAGAAUAUCACGAGCAUGCAAACACACUCGCUGAGUCUCAUACUAUUCUGCUGCUAAUGUGCUCUCAGUGAGCAACCCUUGCAAAUAAGAGGGCUGUGCACUUAGAAACCGAGGGGCUGCUCCGUACACAAUAAUGAGCCAAGUCUCGUUGUUUCCUCCCAGUGAAAACUGAACCACCUGAAGGGCAUUGUAACGCUCAGCACAGCAUGGUGCCUCCUUGCAAAUGACACUGACUAGCUGGUAGCCUCAGUAUUUAUUGUUUAAAAUGUAGGGAAGCACCUCAGGAUGUUAAACAGUAAUGAAUUAGGCACUGAGUUUUAGUCGUGAGUUACAAAAUGAACACUUAGAUGUGUUGAUGUGAGGACGUAAGGUUGUAGUGAGCAAGUAGGUAAUGUUUUAAUAGCUUUAUUUAGUUCUUUCAAGAGUAUUGACAAUGUGUAUGUGCAAUGAAGGUAGGUGCUCAGGGACUGCAGAGGUACUUUUGGUGAAAUACGGUGGUAACAUAUUCUUAAAUGCAAGAAACCUUUUGCCACAAACUAAGAUCAGUAUUCAUUAAAAAUGGAUUGUUUAAUUUCAAAACAGUACACAUUAUAUCCACUGUUUAUUUAAUUUCUUCGACUUACUUGUGGUCACUGAUUUUGUUGAAACUUCCCAAACUGGUUUCACUUUUUACCUGUCAGUUUGUUUUAUUUAAGAAUGAAACUCAAGUAAUUAGUGAAGAAUAACACACAGUGAUUAAUCGUGCUGUAAAGAAUUUGGAUUAGAAGAAGAGAUUUUGGUGAAGCAUGUCGUGGAAUAUAGUUUGUCUAUGUGUGAAUUAGUAUUUUUUGUGGGAAAGCCGAGCAAUUUGCCUGUUAAGGAGGCAUAGUAGCUGUUAACAUGAAAGGAAGCUUACUGUAAGUCACAAGGAGAGCCGAUCGCUUGUUACCUUUAUAUUUUUGUCUGAUUUACUAUUUUGUCCUUUGGGGAAGCCAUUCAUCUCCAAUGAAAAUAAGCAAUGUCUGGGUUUUAGUAAAUGUUGUUUGGUAAAGGUUGGGGAGCAGUUUCAGAGGGAUGUGUUCAGUUCCUGAAAGAAGCGCCGGGUAAAGUCUGCCUCAGUUCAACCACAGAAAGUGUGAUCUAUUUAUUUUUGAUUUGUUUUGAGAUUUGUACAUUUAAGCCUGUCCUAUAAGCUAAGUAUAGGGUUUGAAUAACCUGUUACACUGUGUCAAGAAAAAGAACAAAAAGAUGCUCCUCUGUUAUUGUUGUUCUUAAUGUGAUGUUUUCAUUAAGUUCUCUGUUCUGGUCUGUUAUCAUUACUGUUAUUAUGGUUUACAGUAUUUAGUGGAGUAUAGUUAUUGUAAUGAGUUUGUCAAAGUAAAGAUUUGCUUACAUACAUGCAUAAUUGCCCAAAUAUAAUAUAUAGCAGGUGCUGUGAAUUAAAAUUUCUGGGACCCCUGCUGUCAAAAAGCUCAGCCAGCUUCGAAAGGUAAAAAUUUUGCGAGUUACUGUCUUCCCCUUCAUUUUGACCAUGGAUUCCAAUGCAAAACUGAGCUUUCUGUUUGUUCUUUCAGUUCGUGCCUGUAGCUGUUUUGUAGAGUGCUGUACAAAGUAACCAUUCAGCAAAUACUAUCAGCCUUUAUGUCACAGUUUUAGCUUUUGAUUUGAUUUAUUUGUUGUGUUCUGGGGGAAACUUACUUAUGCUCAGCCUUUACAUUUGUGCCAAACUGUUUGCAGACAUUGUGUGUCAAAAGUCCAGGUAUAUAUCAAAGUAUAUCUGCAUUAGUAUGUUGUUGCUCAUAGUUUAUUCACAGAAUGCCUGAAGAUGUUCGUAUUUAAUAAUUUCAUCCGCUGGAAAAACUCACAUUAAAUAUUUGAAAAAAUAAUUAAAAACACACAUUCCAGAUCAACUGAUAGAGAGACUCUGAUGUCAUUUUAACCAACACAGAGGCAAUACUGUACGUAUACCCUGUUAGACCAAACUUGAGGUAAUACAAAUAAAGCAUAGCUGGUCACACAGAGGUGCAAAAAUCGUGAUCCUUUUGUUUGCAGAGAGACAAUGUGUAACGAGGCCAACCUCGACGACGACAACGCUCCCCUGAUGUUAUUUAUCUAUGUAUGUGUUCUGUAUGGUUACGCUUCUGGUACCCAUUCGUUUCUCAUGUUGAUUUUACAAAACAUAGUUUUAUGUCACAAAGCCACUGUCUUUUGUAAAUAAAUCAAAUGUGAGAUAUAUUAAAAAGA